UGAUCAAGUUUAACACAUAUGACAAAAACGAAAGGUUUAUAUCUCAUCAUGUAAAUGACCGCGGCUGCAUCACGUGAUUAUUAUGUAGAUGUUUCUUUACAGUCCGAAGUCAAAACCAAGAAGUGGAACUAUGAGUCCCGUCUCUCUCUUUUUUGCCAUUUUGUGCGUCAUAUAUUUAGGCCAUUACUCAACGGCUGAAGAGAAACAUUACGAUGUAACUACUAUCCCUGUUUCACCAUAUAUUUCUUAUCUAAAUGAAAAGAAAUUAGUAGGAAAUGCACAGUUUGAAGGUUAUUUAAUUGACUUGUUGGAAAAAUUGGCAAAGUUUGGAAACUUUACAUACAGUUUAAGAAAAGUUCAAGAUCGAAAAUAUGGUCAAAAAAAAAAUGGCGAAUGGGAUGGAAUGAUUGGAGAACUUGUUAACAGAAAAGCAGAUAUGGCUCUUGCACCUCUAACAAGAUCUGAUUUGAGAGCGGCAGCUGUCUUGUUUACCAUACCAUUUCGUAAUGUAAAUUUAAAUUUCUUGGUGAGAAAGAAUUUCAAGGAAAAGAAAAUUGAUGAAUUAGCAAAAGAUAAGAAUGUUAAGUUCUUUGUAAUUAAAGGGGGUACUACAAGUACUCGCUUCAAAUUUGCUACCGAUCCAGUGGAAAAACGAAUAUGGAGAAGAUUGCAAAAGACUGACAGCGAAUCGUUUAUAUCAACUGUAAAACAGGGAGUAGAUAAGGUUUUAGAAGAUAAUAAUGUUGUUUUUAUCGUUGAAAGUCCAAUGGCCGAAUAUUGGGAAAAUAAAAAUUGCGAUCUGAAGAUUUUAAAGGAUGUUAUCGAAACAAAAGACUACUAUUCCCUAGCAGUUAGAAAAGACUUGAUAGGAUUAAAGGAUACUCUUGACUUAGGUCUUUGGAGAUUGAAUCAAGGAAAUGAGUUAAAGAAACUAUGGGUUAAAUGGUUCUCAUAUACAACAUGCUCUGGAUCGAUGACCAAGUUUAACAUAUUUGGUUUGGGAGUUACAACUCUAAUAAUAAUGAUUAUAGCUCUAUGAAGCGUAAUUUUUUAUAUCUUAUUUCGCUUCUGGCGUGGUAGAAACUUAGAUGUUAGUUAUAAUCUUCUGCUGCUUCUUUCUUUCUUUAAUAUUGUUACAAAAGUGACUGGGAAUAUCUCUACUUUACAUCAAUAGUAACAAAAAUGUAUAUCGAGUAUAUAUAUGAGUAUUGUAAUUAUCAUUCAAUUAGACAUUUCCCUUAACAAUAGCCGUUAAGCUCCUAGAAAACAUAUUUAAACAAUAAUAUGCAUAUAGUAUACUAAAUUUGUAUAGAAGUUUUUAAAAAUAGGCCCAUGUCAGAGUUGUCUUCAUAUAUAUUUUCUAUUGUUGUGACUACUGCCACUACUGUUGUGCUUAGAAAGAUUGCAUAGAUAAAAUUCAUUCAUAUUUAAUACAGAUAUAUAGAAUUCUUUCGUC